UGUGAUCUGCCCACCCUUUGAUUGAGGUUUAUAUAGCAGGGCUCUGGUCGUGAUUUCACCAUUUUCAGUAGCGGACUGGCUCUAGCACACUUUCCAGGAUGAGUAAGAUCACCUUCUAUGAGGACAGAAACUUCCAGGGUCGCUCCUAUGAGUGCGACACCGACUGCCCUGACAUGCACCCCCACUUCAGCCGCUGCAACUCCAUCAAGGUGGAAAGCGGCUGCUGGGUGCUGUAUGAGAAGCCCAAUUACACCGGCUUCCAGUAUGUUCUGACCAGAGGAGAGUACCCAGACUACCAGCGUUGGAUGGGCUACAAUGACACCAUACGCUCCUGCCGCACGUACUCUUAUACCAGCCAGGGCCCCUACCGCAUCCGCAUUUACGAGCGUCCCAACUUCCAGGGGCAGAUGGUGGAGUUCAGCGAGGACUGUGAGUCAGUGCAGGAACACUUCCACAGCCGUGACAUCUACUCCUGCAACGUCAUGGAGGGCUACUGGACCUUCUACGAGCACUCUAACUACCGUGGUCGUCAGUACUUCCUGAGGCCUGGAGAGUACCGCAAGUUCGGUGACUGGGGGGCUACCUGUGCCACCACCGGGUCCUUCCGCAGAAUCACAGAUUUUUAAUCGGGAACCUGGCUUGAUUUUAUUUACAUUUCAGUUUCAUCAAAAACAAACUUUUUCCUGUGUACUUCCUCCUUUAAAAGACAUUUAUUUGUGGAAACUGGUAAUGUUAAUAAAAUGAUGUGUCUCAUACAGUAAGGAGUAGAAUGUUUGAUUUGAUUAUGAUUAAUGAAAUGACCCGGCAUAUCAAUAUGAUGUUAAAUAAAUGAA